GGGAGAGGGGCCCGCCACCCCCGGCGGCCGAGCUGGGGGCUCCGGCGCAGCGCAGCCCAUGGAGCCUCCCGGGUCGGGUGCGGCGGCUGCCGCCUUGCUCACGGUCAUGGAUCCCUCAGUCACCCUGUGGCAGUUCCUCCUGCAGCUGCUGGAGCAGCAGAGCAACGGACAUCUCAUCGCAUGGACAUCCAAUGAUGGAGAGUUCAAGUUAGUUGAUGCUGAAGAAGUCGCACGGCUCUGGGGGCUGCGGAAGAACAAGACCAACAUGAACUACGACAAGCUGAGUCGGGCCCUGCGCUACUACUAUGACAAGAAUAUCAUCCGUAAAGUCAGUGGGCAGAAAUUCGUCUACAAAUUUGUCUCUUACCCGGAGCUUUCAAGCAUGGAGGGAGUAAAGGAUGAGGGAGGAGCCAAAAGGCCUGAGCAGGUGCAGAGUGAAGCAAAAGGGGGCGAGGGGUCAUUUGGGGCCCCCAAAGCCCUGCGUGGAGGUGGGGGUGCCCCACGCAGCAGCCGGAAUGAAUAUAUGCGCUCUGGGCUCUACUCCACUUUCACUAUUCAGUCGCUGCAGGCUCCUUCGCCCGCUGGACGGGCCUCCCGCCAGGAGACAGAGCUCUUGCCCACAAUGCCACCCCCUGCCGCCGCCUCUGAACCACCAUCCCCCUCCUUGGCCACAGUAGAUGAUCUGCCUCAGCUGCACAUCAGGAUUGAGGAGCCAGAGGAGUCUCAGGAGCCCCUGCAGGUCAUAGUGGAGCCCAGCCCAUUGGAUCCUCCCCCCCUUGAUGAGAAGGUUCUGGUGAAGGUGGAAGAGAACCUUGACCUUGAUGGGGAAGCAGCUGCUCUGCUGGUCUUAAUGGAGGCUGGAGUCAAGGAGGAGACCUUGCCUUCAGAGAAGGCCUCUUUGGAGAAGGUGUCCUUGGAGGCUGAGCUGCCAGAGGAGGGGGGUGGUCUGCUGAAAGAGGAAGCUCAGUCCCCCAGCCCAGCAACCGUGUCUCUUGAGGGACAGCCCCAAAAGGGCAAGAAGCCCAAAGUCCUGGAGCUACCAUCACUCCCAACCCAGGAGAAAGUGAAUGCCGCUGUGAACAGUCUCUUGGCACCUGGAGGGGCAGGGAGCACACUGACCCCAACCACGGUCAUUUCUUCUCAUGCACUGACCCCAGUGCUGCUCACUCCGAGUUCCUUGCCACCCACCAUCCAUUUCUGGAGCACGCUCAGCCCCAUUGCACCCCGCAGCCCAGCCAAGCUCUCCUUCCAGUUUCCCAGCAAUUCCAGCUCCCAAGUUCACAUCCCCUCUCUCAGCGUGGAUGGACUCUCCACCCCUGUAGUCCUCUCUCCUGGACCCCAGAAGCCAUAGCUUUUUGGCUCAGCAUCGCUGUGUCCUGUACUCCUGCCAAAGAGCUGGUUUGAGUUUCUUUCCAAGCAGUUGGGAUUACUUCUCUGGAUGGACAACUGUGUGUUUCUUCACUGGCCGGAGGAUCCCUUUGGUGAGCCAAGGACUAAUGAGCUGCUUGAAGGAUGGAAAUGGAGUAGCAAACAGAUCUCAUCCAAUUGCCUCGAAUAGGCCAGGAUGUUCCUCUGAAACCAAAUGGUGUCUCCCUAA